CCCGGCCGCCCCGCGGCCUCCCCCCGGCUGGGUCUCGCUCUGCGGUGGGGCCCCCGCGCAGCCCCGGAGCCCGCGCGCAGAGGCGAGGGGGGGCGCCGCGAACCCGCAGGACGCGCGCGGCGGCUGGAUCGGUCCCCCUCCCUCGCCCCCUCCGCGGCGGGUCCCCCCCGCCCCGCGCCACCGCGCUCCCCUCCCCCCGCCCCCCCCAGUGUUCCCCGCCCCCCCCCCCCCAACCCGGGCUCAGGAGGGCCGCGCGUCCAGCCUCGGACGCGCCGGGGAGACCCCGGCCGAGGCGCGACGAUGGAGGAGACGCAGCGCGCGCGCUCGCACACCGUCACCACCACCGCCAGCUCCUUCGCCGAGAACUUCUCCACCAGCAGCAGCAGCUUCGCCUACGACCGGGAGUUCCUCCGCACCUUGCCCGGACUGCUCAUCGUGGCCGAGAUCAUCCUGGGGCUUCUCGUGUGGACCCUGAUCGCGGGGACAGAGUACUUCCGGGUGCCUGCCUUUGGCUGGGUCAUGUUUGUGGCGGUGUUUUACUGGGUCCUCACCGUCUUCUUCCUUAUCAUCUACAUAACAAUGACCUACACCAGGAUUCCCCAGGUGCCCUGGACAACUGUGGGCCUGUGCUUCAAUGGCAGCGCCUUCAUCUUGUACCUCUCGGCCGCAGUCGUGGACGCGUCCUCUGUCUCCUCGGAGAAAAAUAGCCACAACUUCAACAGCUGGGCAGCCUCCUCGUUCUUUGCCUUCCUGGUCACCAUCUGCUAUGCUGGAAACACAUACUUCAGUUUCAUAGCCUGGAGGUCCAGGACCGUACAGUGAUUUGUCAUGUUGAGAAUUAAAGGGGAAAAACAGACAAAGACUGGAAGAAUCUCAUUGUAAAAACAACUGUAGGUAUAAUGUAUAUUUCCAGAGAAUUGUAUUUAACUAAUGUUUUUAUGUACUUACUUCAAAGUGCUCACAGCGGUUUGUUACACUUAAACUUAGAUGCUUCUUUUGCAGAGUGCUGUCGCUGCCAAUGAACUCUUACAUUCCUUCUUGAUGUCUUAUUUUCUUAAUGUAUACAUAGAUAAAAAAUGCCAGUUUCUGUGUUGGAUUAAAUGCUUUGAAAUCCUG